AUGGCGGUGGUAGAUUCAAAUUAUAAAUUCAUUUUUGUUGACAUUGGUUCUUAUGGGAACGAUUGUGAUUCUGCUAUUUUCCAACGCACGCAGACAACACACACAUACAAAUUCCUUUCUGAGGGUAGACUACAAAUUCCAACACCAUUUUUGCAUCCAAAUCAAAGUGUGAGAACACCCUAUGUUCUAGUUGGAGAUGAAGCUUUUCAGCUUACUCACAAUCUAUUGAGGCCCUACAGUGGAAAUCAGCUUACCAUACAACAGCGUAUAUUCAAUUAUAGAUUAAUCCGAGCACGACGAUACGUUGAAUGUGCUUUUGUAAAAGCAUGUGUAGUUUUACACAAUCUUGUUCGUGACCGAGAUGGAUACAGGUCUGCAGAUGGAUAUGUGGCUAAUGAAACGGCUUUUGUGGACCUUCCUGAUUCUAAUGUUGUUCAAGGAGGACGGACAGCAAAUGAUAUCAGGAACAACUUCGCUGAGUAUUUUACAAGUCCUGAGGGAUCCUUGCCGUGGCAAAUGUUUAAAAUAUAA